UCGGGGCGAUGGCGGCAGCGGAGGGGAUGGGGCAGCAGUGGGUGCUCGUGGAGAUGGUCCAGGCCUUUUAUGAGGCUCCAACUUAUCAUCUUAUUUUGGAAGGUAUUCUAAUCCUUUGGAUAAUCAGACUGCUUUUCUCCAAAACAUACAAGCUUCAGGAGCGAUCUGACCUUACGCCAAAGGAAAAGGAAGAAUUGAUUGAAGAAUGGCAGCCAGAACCUCUUGUUCCUCCUGUACCAAAAGACCAUCCAGCUCUCAACUAUAACGUUGUUUCAGGGCCUCCAAGUCAUAACAUUAUUGUGAAUGGCAAAGAAUGCAUAAAUUUUGCAUCGUUUAAUUUCCUUGGACUUCUGGAUAAUGAAAGGGUUAAGAAUGCAGCACAAGCUUCCCUGGCAAAAUAUGGUGUUGGAACUUGUGGGCCUAGAGGAUUUUAUGGAACUUUUGAUGUACAUUUAGAACUGGAGGAGCGACUUGCCAAAUUUAUGAGGACUGAGGAAGCGAUCAUAUAUUCGUAUGGAUUUGCUACCAUUGCAAGUGCUAUCCCUGCCUAUUCAAAACGAGGAGACAUUGUGUUUGUUGAUGAAGCAGCUUGCUUUGCUAUUCAGAAAGGAUUACAGGCAUCCAGAAGUAACAUUAAGUUUUUUAGACAUAAUGAUAUGGCUGACCUGGAACGUCUACUGAAAGAGCAAGAGAUUGAAGAUCAAAAGAAUCCUCGAAAAGCCCGUGUAACCCGAAGGUUUAUUGUGGUUGAGGGUUUGUAUAUUAAUACUGGAGAUGUUUGCCCUCUUCCAGAACUGGUAAAAUUAAAAUACAAAUACAAAGUGAGGAUAUUUUUGGAAGAAAGUCUUUCCUUUGGAGUACUGGGAGAACAUGGACGAGGUGUCACGGAACAUUUUGGAAUAAAGAUAGAUGAUAUUGAUCUUAUAAGUGCAAACAUGGAAAACUCACUGGCCUCAAUUGGAGGAUUUUGCUGUGGAAGAUCCUUUGUUGUUGACCACCAGAGAUUGUCAGGUCAAGGCUACUGCUUUUCUGCGUCUCUACCUCCCCUCCUUGCUGCUGCUGCUAUCGAAGCCCUAAAUAUAAUGGAAGAAAAUCCAGGUAUGUUUGGUCUUCUCAAAGGACAAACUGAAACUGUUCAUAAAACUUUGUCUUGGAUGCCUGGUCUACGAGUGGUAGGUCAAUCGCUUUCUCCAGCCUUACACCUCCAGCUGGAAGAGAGCACUGGAACUCGAGACAGUGACAUGAGGCUGCUGAAAGAAAUCGUGGAUUAUUGUAUGAACAGAGGAAUUGCAUUAACUCAGGCCCGCUAUCUGGAAAAAGAAGAAAAACAUCUUCCACCACCUAGCAUUCGUGUUGUCGUGACAGUAGAACAAACGGACCUGGAACUGGACAAGGCUGCCUCACUUAUCUGGGAAGCUGCAGAGUCUGUACUGAAUUAAGAUCUGUACUGUUGGAUAUUUGUUCCUCACACACAGUUGGGGUACCUAUUUUCUGCUCUGAUGGAUUGGCUUUCUCUCCAAAGGCUCAAGCUUACUGAUUUAUCAGCUGAUGGAACUGAAAGCUUGACAUUCACUGAGUCAUUCCAGAACAAAUAAAAUAUGUUGAAUAUGGAAAUACUAAACACUCACUGUAUGUACAUAACUCAACUCUAUUUUUAAGUACUGUAAAUUGGGGGUUGUUGUUACAGUGGUCUUUUGCAUUGAUUUAACUUUUGUUCUUAAAGGGCACAAUUCCUUUCGCUGGUUCUGUGAAUGUGUAAAAAGGAAAACAAGCUAUUUUUGAGAAUUCAUGUGUAAUGCUACUGAGCAUGGAAAGAAUGCAGGAACUUGUAGAAUAUUCUUUAUUCAACUAUUCUUAAUAAAGUGCAUUGUUUAAAAAUAACCUUUCCCCAAAAAAGUUCAUAUUCUCAUUGUCAGAUUCAUUAAAGGGUAUUAUGGAAUCCAGCUUUUGAAUUAUGAAGUUAAAUAGCUUUUAUUACAUUGGGUAUUUAGACAUUUGGACACUAAAAUGUUUCCUAACUUAUCUAAUAUAGUUUAUGGCUUUUCCAGAAGAAGCGGAUUUCUAAUCAUUUGUCAUAUAGCCAUAAAGUGUCUUCUCUAACAAAGACAUUAAUGUUGUAUUGCUAGACAUAUAGACUGAUCCUUGAUAUGCCCAUGUAUUUAUCUUGCAUGCUGGUAUCCUAAUACAUCAAAGCUAUGGAGACCUGGAGCCUCCUCAAUGAUACUCUUUUCAGUGGAAUUGGCAACGCUAUGUACGCACAAGGGUUUAUGCACAGAGGUGCUCUCCUCAUUGAACAGGAUGACAGAGUCUGCAGACACAGAACCUCUGUGGGCUUGACACACAGAGAUCUGGCUGUCAUAGAACCAGGAAAAUAAAUACUGAUCCUUUACCAUAAUCUGAUAGGGCCAUAAAUCAUUGGCAAAAUAGGUUUGGUCGAUCUCUAUAUUGCAUACAAUGUUAAUUAGUAAAAUACUCUAAAAAUUGUAAAUUAGAAAUGCCUGCAUUUAGUUGCAGGAGCACACAACCAAGAAGUUUCUGUUUUCUUAUUCGGAAAGUGUUUGCAGAUGACCUCUACUGCGAUGGAAGAUUUUCUGAUGAGAACAGAUACAGAAGCAGUUGUCCCUUAUAAGAGAAGUUGUAAUACACCAACUUUCUUCCCUAUUCUUCAAGUGAUAUGAAUCCUCACAAUACGUGUUCUGAACUUUUGACAGAGAGUAAUUAUAAGACUCUGUACUGCCUGGGUUGUUUCUAUACUUGUGCCUUUUUUGGUUGCUGCUACAUGGAUUCCAGUACUAUAUUUGAGACAUAUAUUUUUUAAAUAA